AUGUCGUCAUCCUCUUCGACGUACUCGCUAUCGCCCUCCGUCACACCGGAGGUACUCAAUACACCUGGAACACAGCGAUCAGUGCUAUUCGACGACGAUGUAGUAGCGGAUCCUCUGAACAUCGAUGGAUCCACGUCGACCUUCAUCAUGGUCGUCGGUGGGCUGGGAUACAUCGGCUCGCACACAGUAUUGGAGUUGCUCAAAGAAGGCUACAACGUGCUGGUCAUCGACGACUUGAGUAACUCAUACGAAACCGUCCUGAAUAGGGUGCGAGGUCUUGCGAUUGACUUCUGCACGGCGCAUGGGCGACGAAUGCCAGCGUUGCAAUUCCGUCAGCUGGAUUACAGGAGUGCACACAUGAAGACUGUACUGGCCAGCUAUUCAUCGUAUUCGAUCAUCAGCAAGCCAGCGCCCACUCCAGCACGAUUCCCAUACUCGACUUUGCAGAGAACAGACUCCGGUAUCGACAUGGAUAUGGAUGACGCCCAAGAACCCGUCGUUGAAAGACUGUCCAGAAUAUCCGGCGUUAUCCAUUUUGCGGCGUACAAGUCGGUCGAAGAGAGCAUACGGAUGCCCUUGCGAUACUACAGCAACAACGUCUGCGGGUUGGUUGACUUUCUGGGAUUGCUGGAGGAGUUCGGCAUCAAGAACUUCGUGUUCUCCUCUUCUGCAACAGUUUAUGGCGAAGGCGCAAAUUGUGGGCUACCUCUGCGUGAAGAGCUGUGCGUGCAUCACCCAGAAUCGUUCGUGGAUAGCGAUGGAGCGGAACGCCGAGUUCUGCCGGGCGUUCUGGGCCUAACAUCACCUUAUGGUCGGUCCAAGUUCAUGUGCGAAUCCAUCCUGGCAGACCUGGCGCUUUCCGACCCCACAUGGUCCAUAACCGCCCUUCGGUACUUCAACCCGGUAUGUACAUUCGAUGGUUAG